GCAGAUCACAUAUAUUCCGAGAAAGUGGCUUAGGCAUUUACCGAAUGGUCAAUUUAUAAAUUGCAUUUAUGAAUUUAUACGCGCCAAUAUACAUUAUUCACAGCUUCAUAUAUAUAAUGGUGUCUGGGUACAUACUCAUUGUGUCGGAUGACGCGUGCUGUGUAUGAAGAAGUUUGUGUUUAAGCUUACAAGUGAGUGUAUGUACAAUAUAAACAAGGCUGUACAAAUUGUUGCUUUACCUUUGACGGUUCACCGGCUAUAAAAUGCAUUGAACACGAAAUAAGUUAAGCAAUAAAACGCGGUGGGAGCUUUUGCUGCAUAAACCACAAUUGCCAGUGAAAAAAUACUUGUGUUAUUGUUAUUGUUCGUUAUUUCCUUUAAUUUUCACCAACGCAUUUUCGAAGCGCUGCUGUACAGCAUUGAGAUGUACAAUGUGCGACAAAAACUGCAAAUACAACACAAACAAAACCAGACGGUGCACCAACGGUGGCAAGAGCAACAACACCAUCAGCAGCUGCACAUGGAUGUUUAAUCUUGUGGCGGUUGCCUUAUUAAUCCAACAUGUCGCCUGCGCUGCAACAGCUAUCGAGGCGACAACACCGGCAACACGGGCGUUGUCAAAGGCGCUCACCGAUUCCCUACCAUCCGCAUUUGUACCCACAGCCCAGCUGUUGAGGCGCCAUGGCGAUAACGGUAGCAGUAGCAGCAACAAAAACUCACCCACACAGGCUGAUUCCGGGAGCCGCGCUACGAGCCGCCACCUCAGCGCCAUUGAGUCCAACGCCGGCGGUGUCAGCAGUAUCGUUGCCGGCGACGAUGGUGUGGAUUUCGCUGCCUAUGCAAAUGAUUUCAAUAUGCAAGCUGAAGCUGCUAUACCCGAGGAUAUUUUGGACCAACAACACAUACAAGAUGUCGAUGCCACUGAUGCGGACAGUAUGCAAUAUGUUGGAGAUGGCGAUGGCGAUGGUGAUGGCGACGAGGCUGUUGAACCCGAAGCUGAUAUUAUACUUGCAGCGCAAAAAUUCAGCACUUCAGAAAGCAGUCGUGAGAAAGAAGAAUAUUACGAGCAUAACAACAACAAUGGAGACAAUAAAAACAAAGGCAGCAACAACAAAAGCGCACAGCUAAGGAAAACUGUAAGAAAGCGAAACAACAAAUUGAAAAACAAUGCAGACAACAGCUAUAACAACAAUAACAAAAAUGAUGACACAAAAUAUGACAGUGACAACACAGCUGUCUACAAUGAUGAUGCUUCCAUGGACGAAGCGGAUGCGUCGGACAUCACGGCUGAGGAGCCAUUGGCGCUGCCCAGCGUGACCGAAGCAAGGCAAAGUUUUGUAUUGACGCGACAUCCAAGAGGACAACAAAAUCACAAAUUAAUAGCAGCAGAGGACGCACAAAGUUAUGAAGAGCAGAGCCGAGACGUGACCGCGCGGCAUCAGCAAUUUAUUGAAAACUUAGUUGCAGAAAAAUUUAAUAAAGCAACGGGACAAACGGUAAACAAUGAUGACAAAGCGAACGACAACAGGCACAACAACAAUAACAACUUAACGAAAAAUGCUGGCAUAAAUGGCUCUGCUGUUGACGAGCAAAGCGAAAGCAUCCAGAACACUGCUAUAAAUAAAGGCAACAAUAUGAGUAAACAAGUAAACAAUAAAUCAGAAAUGGAGUACACGGACGAUAAUCAACCGGAGGAAACGGCGAUCGGCGAUAUCGAGGACAAGUUUCGUAAUGAAGAAGAUGCCGUCGGGCAGCAACAACAGCAGCACUUGCAAAGGGAGCUGCACGGCCAUCAAACGGCAUCGAUUGCAAAGCAAAGCCGAGAGGGCAAGGCAGAAGCGAGGCUAACGUCUAUGAGCGGCAUGCAUGUAGAAGAAGAUCAUCGACAAAUUAAAAAAUUCAAGCGCAAUGAAAGAGCCAGCAGCAGCAGUGCCAACGACCAUGCUAACAAAAACAAUAAAAAUGGCAACCAAGACAACAACAACAGUCACUCGUAUAAACGCCAUCACCACGGCGAACUCGCUCACAUCGAAGGCGAAUAUGAGGCAGGCACGUUCACGCAAAUGUCGGACGCAGAGAAAGUUGAAACGUCUGAAAACCAACCCAGGCAUGUGCAACAACUACAAAAACUUCCGCAGCACGUUGAAGUUGCUGACAGCGUUGGUGCGGUGGCAGAGCCACAAGCCGAUUACUCAAUAACCUAUUUUGGCAUCUUAACAAACAGCUCGAAGAAGCGCGAAAAGGCGUUCGCCGAGGAGCAAGCAGAUGCGGAUGAGCUCGAGAACACCGUUAGAAACUCGGCCAAAACAGCAGACAUUGUUGCAAAAACUGCUGACAACGACGAUGCGGCCGAACUUGGUGCUGUGCAUGCAACACGAAAUCAGUUGCAACAACAACAACAAUCGCUAACGGGUAAAGUGGCCGAUGCUGGCGAGCUUCAUGCAGCACACUCCUCGUCCUUUGAGCGCUACAAGGCGCAACGUCGGAACAGUCGGCGCUACGGACAUAAAAUGUACAAGAAAAAAUAUAAGGAUUACCUGCGUCAUGCAACGAUAGCCUCCUUGACAGCUAAAGCAAUGACAACAGCAAUUGACGCAGCAACAAUAACAGCAGCGCCGCACAUGUCGACAGGAUUGCCGCCUAUGGGAAAUGCAUUUGAAAUGAGUGCUAAGCACACACUCAACUCGACACAGGCGAAGUUGACAAAUGACAACUACACCGAUUACUAUCGGGAACAACAACAAACAAGGGAGAAUAUUGCUAACGCUAGAGAGCAAAAACAUGCAGAAACGUUAAGAAAAUAUGCAAGGAAAAUUGAAGCGGAAAAAUCACGUGGAUUACCAGCAUCACCAAUAUUUGUUGUAGGCAAUCAGAGCGCUGGUAAGUUGGCUACAAGCAAAGCGAACAGCGAACGGUCCACAGGUGGAGACACAAAACAUUUCUACGAAGGGCAGGUAAACUAUUACUUAGAGACGGCGGACGACGAGGGUAUGCAGACUAAAGCAGCGUCGAUGAAAAGCUACAAGCCAACUGGCGUCGAAGGAGAGGGUACGACUAUUACUGAGGUAGCGCUGUCUAGAGAAGAAGAGGAGCGUUUGCGUGCACACGAACUUAGCAUGGAGCACAUGAUAGCAGCGGACAAUAAUAACUGGUACCGACGUGUAAGCCCGGUGCUACGUAAUGGCAUUAAAGUCUACGGCAACGAAGACAAAGUGCAGCGCGAGAAAGCAGCCAGCCAACUACCGCAUGUGCAGGAGCAACAGCAUCAUCAACACCUGCAACGACAACACGCCGCAAAACAACAUCAACAUUAUCACACACACCACGGAAAACAUUGGAGUCAUCAUCAUCGACUGCACACGCCACCAUAUCAGCAUCGACAACAACACCACGACUCCCAUCAACAUAGAGGUGGCAGCGGUAAUCAUCACAAGCAUCAUCAAAAUAGUAAACAUUAUCAAUCAAGCGAUAGACAGCUCCAGCAACAACAUCCAACUGAUUCCAAUGAACGGAAACUACAUGAUCCACCCUCACCACACGCCGCAGACACACAGGCGGCAGUGGAGUUGGGCAUGGUGCAGACACCGAUACCGCCACCCUCAUAUAAAAAACAACAUCUGAAGCAAACUGAGCACGAGAGGGUGAAACAGGGAGCGCUUCAACUGGGCCAUCAAAUCACAGAAUUGGAGGAGUUGGAACGCUACUAUGCCAAGUGGCCCCACUUGGCACGCGUACAGUUUCAGUUGUACGAUGAACACUUCCGCGAGGACCACCCUGAACUUUAUCCCGAACUAAAGGUCGGCGCUAGCGACUUGGCUGAUGCUGCAGAAGACUACGACGAUGAUUAUGAGAGCGCUGCCGAGUUGGAGGAAGCACAGAAUAGUCAUGAUGAAGACGCAAACUUGCCGCCAUACAUUAAGAAGUACAACAGACGCAAUAAGCAAUUGCUGAAUUUGCUUGAAGGCACUCUGCCGCCACCGACGCGUCUUCCACCUACUUUGGGGCGCAGUUGGUCUAGUUCGGUACUGCAGCCGGGACCGCAUGCAAGCAGUCGAAGCGCAGGCGGUAGCAGUACUGCGGGUAGAAUACGCAUCGAUGACGACUACCUAAAGGAGAAACGCAAGCGCUAUCAUAAUCGUGAUAUCAGCAGCGCUGACAGUAGCAGCAUUAGUGCAAGUAACAACAAUAACCGCAAGGAGGACCGACAUCACUAUCAAGAUUUAUUUGCACAGCAACGACUGACGCAAAUUGCUACUACCCAGACGACAGGGGAAACAACAGGUGUGUUGACAAAAUCUGAGGCAAUCUCCGCCAACCCAGAUGUGAGCGGCAAGUCAGAUGUAAUCAGCACCUACAAAACGGCAGCACAAUCAGACAACAAGCUGCCAGACGAGGAUGUCAGCAUUUCAGCCGACACAGACAUCGACGCUUAUGCUGCCGACGAUGGCGACAUUGACUUUUGGCAAAAGGAAAUCGAAAAUAAAUCGAAUGCAAACGAAUUGGCAGGAAGCGCACAAAUGAGAUGGCAAAUCGAAAAAUUAACAACACCCAACCCCGCGCACGCUGCCACAGUGUCGAGCGCACCAAAAGCAGCAAUUUUUCGUUUGCCCUCAUAUCCGGCCAUCGCUGGCAGUUUUAUCGGCAAGCCACGCAGUCGUAGCGCGCAAUUCGCACCGAGCGGCGGCAGUCGUGGCAAACUAGCGUUUUUAGCGCCAGCCAGUAGUGAGCUCAAUGGUAACAGAUGGGGCAAUAUAUAUGGCCUAGGCGGUGAAAAUGGUACAAGUGCUGCUGGUAAUGUUGGAGUCAAUGGUCUUGGCACACGCGGCAGUUACCACAAAUCGUUGUCACGUUUCAGCGCUUAUAAACCGAGUGUUUAUAAAACGUUAACCGCUGCAGCAGCAGCCGCUUCAACCACGACGACGACCCCCAGAGUCAACGGUGAUGAUGGCAUGAAUGGUGACGACUCGGCAGCCACAACAACUACUGCGGUUGCGGCAACGCCGAGUGGCUUUGGUAGUGAUGACGCUGAUGGCGCAGAGGGGGGAGUGGCUAAUGCCGUUAUGGGACGUACUAUUAGCUCGUUUGUCUACCACCGUGUGAUUGAUGCGUCACCGCGACAAGUGGGUACCGGUAAUACGGGGCGCAAGCAACGAUUGCCAUUUGUGGCUAUCACUGAUCGUCGGCUGGAGACCACAAAGAAGGCGCAGCUGGAACGACAGAAAGAUUUCGAACAAAAUCACUACCCAAUGCCUUAAAUUCACUGCACUUCAAUGACUGCGGCAGCGAAAGAGACGUGGACGGAGACGACCCGGACAAGCAGCACAAAACAAACAAACAUUCACAUCAGGACCGAAACGCAAACGAUAAUAAAAAAUGUUGACCAAGACGUUAAUGAAGAUGGAGAUGUAGAAAGUAAAAAAGAAGAAAACGAAAAUCGAAAAUCGAAAACAGUAAAUAGUAUUAACAGAAGUUUAAGACAGGUGAGGAGUAAGUAAAGCUUACAGUAUUAAGCCAUAUCUGAACGAAGCGCAACACCAUUGCACCACCGCUACAUACGCUGGCAGAGCAAGGCAAAUGCCACCAAAGCAAACGGCUUGCGCAACUCCACGCACACACACAGCUGCAACAGAGCAUUUAAACUAUUUUCUUUUUUAAAUUUUGUUAAAUAGAUUUCUCUUUCGCUUUUAUUCCAACUAUUCAAAAAGUAUUCUUUGUUUAAUCGAAACAAUAAUUGUUGCAGCUGCCUCAAAAGGACACGAACGCUCUGUAGUAAGCACUGACUAACGGCACGUGCUUUUGACCCUUUCUUUUUGCUACACUUCGUGUUUUUCUUGUUUUCCAAUUCCUGGCGUUUGACUUUCAAAAUUAGACUACAAACAUAACAAUAUAAUUAGCUCUUAAAUUAUUUGCUAGCAUAAAAUAUAUACAUAAAUACAUAUUUUACUACAUAUCAAUACUCGUACAUUCUGUGGGUAUAGCAGUCGUAUAAUCAUUUUAAAUUUUACAUAAAACAAACACAAAAUCAACACAAUGUUACACUAAUAUAUGCAAGGACGCUGCAAGCAACAUGCUCAAAUGAAAUAUCGUUAGAUCAAAAUUAAAAGUUAUGUGUCUCAACCUACCACGCUAAAUCAGUCAGUAAAGUCUUGUUUGACAAACAGAAGUCCUUGGCUCAAAUCAGAUUUCUUUUUUUUUUUGAAAAAUUGGAACGGAAGAAUAUACUUAUUAUUCAUUUCCACUACAAGACAUGGACAACUACGACUUCGAUAUAAAACAAAGCCGUAAAUGAAAUUAUUAAGCAGACUUCAAGAUGAACCUUAUAAUUUUUUAACUAAGUGGGAUAUAUGUACUAUAUUUCAAAUCAAUAUUUUCCUCUUCUUUGCUGGCGGCAGUAGUUUUUCCUUUUUGGAGUUUCCAAAUGUAGCCAGAUCCUUCUCCAUCUAGUCUUUAUAACGGACUGAAUGUCUUUCUCAUCCUCUGCUUCCCCGUCAGCGCCGAAUACUUUCAGAACUUGAGUGUUUUCAUCUAUUCGGAUGGCAUAACAUAACCAACGUAGUCUCUUAAUUCGCUGAACUUUGUCAAUGUCGUCGUACAUCUCGUUUCAUCGACUGCGGUAUUCGCCAUUGCCAAUGCGCAAAGGACCAUAUAUCCAUAAAAUCUUUCUCUAGAACACUCGUAACGCCGUCUCAUCAGAUGUUGUCAUCGUCCAUGCCUCCGCACCAUAUUGCAGGGCGGGAAAAGUGAUUUAUAGAAUUUGGUCUUUGUUCGUCGAGAGAGGACUUUACUUCUCAAUUGCCUACUCAGUCCGAAGUAGCAGCUGUAGGUAAGAGUUAUUCUGCGUUGGAUUUCGAGACUCACGCUUUUGUUGGUGUUAAUGCUGGUACCAAGAUAGACGAGGUUAUCUCGCAGGGGCUGAAAUUUUUCAGCUGCAAGGUACGCCUGUCGUAAGAGGCACCCAUAUGCACUAUGUCUGUAUUCUUGGCUUGCCUAGAAAUUUCAGCAUAGUCUUUGUUAUAGACUUUGAAUAAGAUUACUUCUAAUGAUGAAACAUUUGAAGUUCAAAUGUCAACAGUCAUUGAAUUUGUUGGGUAGCAAAAACAACAAGGUCUGACCGGAGACUUAAGUCUGGUACCACGGGGAACAGUUAGCCCUUGGACUUCGCUCCGAUUUGCUUAUGACUGUGACUGUGGUUUAAACCUUAAGGCAGGUAGAAUUAAAAAAUUCAAUUAAGUGUGGAUUCGCAUUGCGGUCGGUUGCCGGACCCAUAGCAGAAGUUUUAGAUCGGCAUCGAACCUGACCAAGGUGGUAAAGGUAUACCUUCCACCCGAUCAAUUGGAACCAAAAAAUACGUGCAAAAAGCAUUUAUUAUUUAUGACGCUGAUCAGCGCAUUGUAUUGACCUAUGUGCCUUUAAAAAGCACCGCGAUAUUAGGCCGUCGCUGGCAGAUACUCACGAAAUCACAACGAUUGUUAUCAACAUUGAUGUGGGAGCCAAGUCGCGAGUGCGACAACUGUGUCUUGUAUGAAAAAAAGAUAUUUUGUCUUGUUCUCCUUCACU